AUGAAACUGGAACACUUAUCAGUAAGGCCCAAGGCCAUCGCGAAAGACGACAAUUCGCACAUUGAGCAGCUGCUGGUGGCUGGACCGGGACAUGAAGCAGUCGAGGCAUUGCAGUCUGUCAGGCACCGCGUCAACAAAGAUACGGCCGUGUGCCUGAUGACAGAUGGAUUGGGCGUCCUCGAAGAGGUGCGGCAACGGGUUUUCCAGGGAACCGAAUCGAGGCCAAGCUUCGUACUCGGCCACAUGAGCCACCGACUGGCCUUUAACCGGCGCUACGAUGCCGUCAAAGAGCUGCGGCACGGCAAGACGCAGCUGACGUUUGCGGACUCCAGCCUCCAGGGUCAGGACGUGGAGAGGACGGAGUCGCGCAUCAACUUUGUCCAGGCCAUGGAGGGCGUCAAGGACCUCAACUCGUCGCUUGCCCCCUUUGACAAGUGGCUGCAUUUCAAGCUUCCAUCAGUUAUACUGGACUCCGUCGUGGAGCCCGUCUGCGUGCUGAUGGAGAUCCCGUACGCCGGCUUGCAGCGAAACCCGGCUGCGCAGCGCAUGAUGCAGCGGCUGCUGACCGAGAUCAUCACGGUUGUGGACAACAUGCCGGAGAUUGAGGGUUCGGCGGCCAUCCGAAACUUUAUAAGGGGCAGCCGGAUCAAGCAGCACAUUUACAGCCGUAUCAUGGCCAGACGAGGCGCCUCCAGCGAUCUGGCGCGGCAGAUCCAAAACGGCCUGCCGACAGACAUUGACUACUUGAACGGUUUCUUCAUCCGGCGCGGCCACCAGCUGGGCAUCGAGACACCGACCAACUCCAUGAUACGGGACAUGAUCAAGGCAAAGCACUCCCUGGCCAUCGAGAGGCUCAACUCGUACAUACCCAUCCGGAAAGCUCGUCUCGAGCAGCUCAAAACACAAGGAGGCGGCGCCUCCCGAGGCAACGGCGGCCCAUCCGGUCAAGAUGGAGAGAGACAGAGACAACAAGCAGACGAAGCCAGGCAGCAGAUCCUCAACCAGAUCCUCCACCCCGAAGCCGCAGACCGUCUCGGCCGCAUCCGCCUCGUCAAGGAGCAGCGCGCGACCGACAUCGAGAACCGGCUCAUCACGCUCGCCCAGACGGGCCAGCUGCGGCAGAAGGUGACCGAGGCCCAGCUCAAGGACCUGCUGACGGCCGUGGCGGACAACCAGGAGCAGGAGAAGAUUGUCGUGAGCAGGCGCAAGGGCUGGGACGAUGACGAUGACUUGGACGACUUGUGA